UCCAAAAGAAUGCUUAACAUCUCAUGACUUGUGAAUAACAGCAACAUAGCAGCCUAUUUUGUACACUUUUUUCUUUACACAGUCCCGUCGAACAUACCACCUUUCCGGAAGUAUUAUUUUGGCAUACUAGCAUCCAAAACGUUCGUUUGAUUUGUAGACACGCGUCACAAGAAAACUCACAUGGAAUUCUGGGAAGUGAUGUCCAUCAGGCAUAAGGAAAAAAACUACAUAUUCGUCUAAACAAUACAAAUCCCAGCACACAUUGCGGGCAAUCGGCCAAUGAGGUAACGGUUUGGUAUUACAACUCUCGCCUAGCUUAUUGCGAAACGUGAUGUUGCUUUGUUGCGUCGUUUUACUUUUCAGGGAUUCUGCACGCAAGUACUGGCGUACUGGGGAGCAUUUGUGAGCCGACUAGCUGCCUUGCUAGCGCUCCCCGCUACCUUCUCCGACUUUCUCUUCACUUUGUGCCGCCUGUCGUCUGCCGUCGGCGCCGCAGCCGCGAAGUGAUCGACAUGCCAGUCCGUACCGAGUGCUGCAAUAACUCCUCCACGGCCUGCGCAUCAUCGGCUUCGCUUAUUCCACCUCCGCCGAUUAACACUCAACAGCCGGGCAUAGCCACUUCGCUCCUGUACAGCGGCUCACAGUUUCGAGGACACCAAAAGAGCAAAGGCAACUCAUACGACGUGGAAGUUGUCCUGCAGCAUGUGACUAUGGAAGAGUCCUAUCUAUGCGGGUACCUAAAAAUCAAAGGACUGACAGAGGAGUACCCAAGCCUUACGACAUUCUUUGCAGGGGAGAUAAUCAGUAAAAAGCGGCCAUUCUUGACACGGAAAUGGGACGCCGACGAAGAUGUCGACCGCAAACACUGGGGAAAGUUUCAGGCUUUUUAUCAAUAUGCAAAAAUCUUUAACUCGGAUGAUUUCGAUUACGAAGAACUGAAAAGCAGCGACUAUGUCUUCAUGAGGUGGAAGGAGCAGUUUCUGGUCCCGGACCACACCAUCAAGGACAUAAGUGGGGCAUCCUUUGCUGGUUUCUACUACAUCUGCUUCCAGAAGUCAACAGCAACCAUAGAGGGAUAUUACUACCACAGAAGUUCUGAAUGGCCGGGCCGCGUGCCUUCACCACCCAUCAGCCCAAACGCUCAUCCGCCAUUUUCCCUGUUCGCUUCCAGGUAUCAGUCACUGAACCUCACUCACGUUCCCGAACACAGCGCUCCGAUAUACGAGUUCCGGUGACACUGGCUUGCCAAGGAAAAACAGGACUGCUACCAGAGGGUGAUUUUUCUUGUUUUUUUUUUUUUUUUUUUCUUUUUUUCCCCCC